GAGAAUUGGUUGGAAAAUUAAUGAACUCGUUUUUCCAUGGAUGCCAAAUGUUGAUCAUUUGAAUUUUUCUUAUAUGUUUUACCUCCCUGUUUCUCCCAUUUCAUGUUUCCGUCCUGGAAUGUUUUGGAUACUUGGCCAUCUCUUUCUAACUCACCCCGGGGACCCCCUUUUUGUGUGUGUUUUUUACAUAUUUCUUGAUUGGUUUUGUUGUCUAUCUACCCAGUUAUCUAGUUUAACAAGCUGUCUAUAUAUCUCUAUAUAUGUACAUUUUUGUGCGACAUUUUGUUGUGAUAUUUCUGCCACAAAUGCGCGUACGUGAAAUAUAGACGGGAAAGGAGAGAGGAAUUUUUACUUGGCUGCGAUAAGUUAAAGUGAAAUGGCAGAGACCAGUUCACUUCUUCUUAUCGUUGUUCUUUUAAUCCUGAGAGAGUGGGCUGUUUCUCUAUCCAUAGGCCGCUAUCGGGAGCAUUUGCUGCUGUUUUUUUCUUUUUUCUUUUUUUUUUUGUUCUUUUUUUUCUUCUUUUUCUAUUUUUAUUUUUAUUUAUUUUUACUUAUUUUAUUCUGAUAGUUAUUUAUUAUAUUUUACAUUCCCUUUCCCACCUUUGACAAACGAAUAAAGUAGAUCGUUGGUGGGGUGACUCGCUGCGAACGUGCUGGUAUAUAUUUUAUGAGCAAUGAUGAUGCACUGUUUGUUGCCUUGCAUUAUCACCUCACCUAAAUACUUCAUCCUCGACUCCUGAGAGCUUCAAAAAGCUAGCUUACCACACCGAUAUCCCAACAGAACUCAUAGACCAAGCAUUGACAAACAACAGGCCUUGACUUCCACUAACUACUACUACUACUACUACUGCGGAGAAGGAGUUACAUACAAGCAAUGUGGCGCGCGCUUCACCGCAGCGGGAGCUCGAAGCUCACCACCACCCCCAGCGCUGCCGCAUCAAUGUUGUCGCAGUCAUUAUCCCGCCCAUAUUUCCUUACCCGGACUCUAUCGACCGUUACCACUAACCUGAAUCAAACUCUUAAAACCAAUACCGCAUCGACUCUCCGCUCCUUACCCUCGCGACGGCACCCCGUUCGCAUCCCGCCUCCGAACUCCGCACCCGCACAGUUCCCCAUCCCCCUCCACUCGCGCCAGCUAUCCUCUCCCUCGCACGCACACUGGCGAUCGGGUCUUGCGCGGGGAGCGAGAAGCCCGUGGGAUCCGCACCCUAUAGCCCGUCGACAGAUACCACCAGCAUCAGGCCCAGCGUCCGCGACUUAUUAUACCAGCAAUACCCCCCCUCCCCGCACCACCAGCAACAAUCCCCCCCUCCUCCGCUCCCAGAGAGCACCCAGUCACCACCGCCUCUGCCACCGCCUCCGCCUCCACCAACCACUCAAACAGUUGCGCGCGUUCUCGCAAUCUCAGCAGCAGAGGCGUGAUGGGAAUUACAAAUACCGGAGCUUUGAGGGGCGCGGCGGUGGAUAUGGCGGGGGCGAAGGAACGGGGCCGGGGCCAUGGGGGAAUAGCCGCCUCACGUACUUUUGGGCGCAAUAUCGGUAUAUGAUUGUCGGGGGCGGGGCGGCGGUGGUGGGGUUCUACGUGUGGAAUUUGGAUGUUGUUCCGAUGACCGGCCGGCGCCGUUUCAACUGCAUUUCCAACGAGAUGGAGAUGCAAUUCGGCAAACAGACGUACGAGAUGAUCUUGCAGGAAUAUCGAGGCCAAUUCCUACCCGAGUCUCAUCACCUCGUCAGAUAUGUCGACAGUGUCUUUCGCAAGUUGAUCCUCUCCGGCCAGCCGCAGCUGGGCGAAGAAGAUGCCCUGCUUAAGAAUCUGAAGUGGAAGGUGCAUGUGAUUAACUCGUCGGAGAUGAAUGCAUUUGUGUUGCCGGGUGGAAACGUCUUCGUGUUCACGGGCAUUUUACCCAUCUGCCGAGAUAGGGACGGUCUCGCUGCCGUCCUGGGACAUGAAAUCGCACACGUCCUCGCCCACCACCCGGCCGAGCGCAUGAGUUCGAGUAUCAUCGUGAUCGUCGCCGCGUUGGCAGCAUCGAUGCUGUUUGACGUGUCGCAAAACCUGUCGUCGGCGAUUUUGAAUUUGAUGCUUGCUUUGCCGAAUUCGAGGACGCAGGAGUCUGAGGCGGAUGAGAUUGGACUCAUGAUGAUGGCAAAGAGCUGUUUUAAACCUGAAGCUGCGGUUGGAUUAUGGAGCCGGAUGCACCGGGCAGAGAAGGCAGUGCCUUCCCAGAUAUUGUCGACGCAUCCUUCUAGCCGGAGACGGAUGGAGGCAAUUCAGAAAUGGCUCCCGCAAGCAAAUACCGUGUAUGAUGACAGCGGAUGUGGAGUUACAGAGCGAUAUGCCGAGAGUUUUGGACAGGCAAUCGGGUCUUUCUGGUAGAGCAGCGUGUGUAUAACAUAUGAAUUGGAUAUCUAUUUGGCAUCUCCAGAUAAUGUGUACGAUAAGUCGACAAUAGUUGCAAUUUAAUGCUAAAGCGGUAAUCAUUGCAGGCA